AUGGUCAGUUCGAUCUUGCAAAGUGGUCGACGUGUAACGUUCGAUCACCAUUCGAGGAUCUCUGACGACCGCAAAGGGCUGAAAUACUUGGACGGUCCCUUUGUGUUCAGACUUAACGACAAUGGUACAGGACCGCAUCUUCUCGUACAGGUUUGUACGGAACGCGGCUGGAGAGAUUACACCGGUGAAAAUAAUGUAUUCAAAGAUCGAUGGAAUUUAUGGUGGCGGUCCGGUGGUUUCCCCUUACCCCAUUACAAGCUAUUACUCCCAUGGCAGUUCAUCAAUAGAAUUCCAAAAGGAAGCUCGAUCUGCAGAAAAGACAAUCUUAUCCGCCACCUGAGGUGCAUGAAGAAGAUGCACGGUUCGAUAUACGACUUCAGUCCUACAGGAUACAACAUGCCAUCGGAGUAUACGAAACUAGCUGAAGAAUGCAGCCGUUGCGAACCAGACAGAGUUUGGAUCUGUAAGCCAGUUGGACAAAGUCAAGGAAAAGGGAUUUUUCUGUUUCGUAAAUUAAGCGACCUCACGUACGACAAUGCGGCAAUAGUUCAACGAUACAUCGAAAAUCCUCUUUUGAUAGGGGGAUACAAAUUCGAUCUACGAUUGUACGUAUGCGUACCCUCCUAUCGUCCACUAACGAUAUACUUGUACAAAGAAGGAUUGGCACGUUUCGCCACGGAGAAAUUUUCAUUGGAGCACUUGAACGACCCUUUUCGACAUCUCACGAAUUUUUCUUUGAACAAAUGGGGCCCAGGAUAUUCGGAGAAAAAGGAACGCGUCGGUUCUGGAUGCAAAUGGACUUUCAGACAAUUGAGGAGAUACUUCGAACAAGCUGGAUACAACGAUUGGUUUCUGUGGCAGAGGAUAGCCUGUUUAGUGAGUCUAACGAUAUUAAGUCAAGCCGCGAGCAUACCUAGAUCCUCCAAUUGCUUCGAAUUCUUUGGAUUCGACGUGUUGAUCGACAAAAAUUUAAAACCAUGGCUACUAGAGGUCAAUCUUAGCCCAGCUUUAAGUAACGACUGUGAGAUCGACUCUGAAGUAAAGAAACCUCUGCUGCAUGACUUAUUCGAUUUACUAGGUCUUCCAGUAUGCAACACUGGACUCUCCCUAUUUACGAUAUGGUCGACGAGCACCGUGGACGAUCAGGUCGAAACGUCUUCCAAGUUUUGCACGAGUCGAGCCACGAAGAAGAAGUCGAGAACUUGUCGGGAAACUGAUGGUUUUUUAAACAUAUGCACGGAACUUCGGCCUAAUCUCAGACAAUCAACCACCAAUGACUCUUCGAGUACGUGGUCUCGUUACAAUCCUCUGUUAGUGGAUAAGUACAUUCCGCGUGGUUUUCGGGGGAACAACCCUGAAAACCAUGUUAAAGCAUCGGUGUGGGACAAUGGUAAAGACUGGAGCACACCUUGCGCUAGGGAAGGAGGAUGGGUCCGCAUUUAUCCACUGACUCGAAUAAAACCUGAGAAUACCAUUGAUUAUAUGUCACCUUUGUCAGAGACUACAAGAGCCUUGGAGAAAGAAACAAGAAAUACAGUUGUUUCUAUACAAAAAUACUUUAAAGCUGCCAAAGAAGUGCACAAGAAAAAUGAGAAAUAUAGAGAUGAACAAUGUAACGCUAUCUUAAGAAAAAUAUUGGAAUUGAAUACCGAAGUAUGGCUGCCAUCAAAGUGA